AUGUCUGGUGGACCCGCUGAUACACCAGGGCUGCAACCAGUAUCUUAUGAAGCGGAAGAGCACAAACUCGACCAUUUUACCACCGAAGACGAGGCCAUAGCGCUUAUUCCACUAAUCGAGCACGAUACAUUUCGGCACCUUCGCCAGCAAUUUGUGGUUCCCAUGGAGGGUGUCAAUGUAUCCGGAAGCACUUUUUUCUCUUGGCACAAGCGAAAAGUCCGCACGAACUUUAUAAGCUCACCUUCAGCGCAGCAGGCGCCAUCUGACGGUGAUAACAUAUGA